GUGGUUUCGAAGCGAAUAGCGCUGCAUUCAAUCAACAUUAUCAGAGAGCGGGCCAGGAGGGUGCGAUUCAUAUGAUCAGUAUUGUAGUAUCGCGCAUGUUUUAUUUUCGACGCAAGCGUCAUUAAGAACAAUAAACAAUAAAAAAAUUUACAACCACCACCGCAGUAGUACCGUUUUUAUUGAUCUACUGGCAUAAUAGAUAUGAUCGGUGCAAACAUAAAAUGCAGUUUUCGUGGAGAGAACGCAGAUAGUUCGAAAAGCGUUUCAGAUCAGCGGGUUCGUCGGUAAUGAUCACAAAUUCGGCCCCUUCGCCCCGGCCAAUGAUAACAACAAAAACAACUUAAAUCGCAGCCGUUUAUUUGUUUUGUUCUGGGCAGCUGUUGCACGAUCAACAUGGUGAAUUCCGCUGGUAAGGCAGCAGCGAUCACCAAAUCCGCCGCAUUGGAAGUCAUCAAACCACCAAACGUCAAAUUGCAUAUUGGUCCUAUUUUUGGAUGCAGGCAUGCCCAAAUUAUUCUAUACUUUUGCCUGAUGACUAUCACGUACUGUACAAGAACCGUCCUGUCAGUUGGAAUAGUAGCCAUGACUAACAAUAAUACUUCAACUAACAGUGAUGUGCCGACGUAUCAGUGGAAUAACCAAAGCGUGGUGCUUUCGGCGUUCUAUUGGGGCUACGUAGUGUUACAGAUUCCGGCCGCAAUGAUGGGAAAGAGAGUAGGUCCAAAAUGGCUGCUGGUCGCCAUGGCAACCAUAGAUUCGAUCAGCUGCGUUCUGGUGCCUGUCAGCGCCGAAUAUUUCGGUGCGAGUGGGGUGAUAGUGUGCAGGGUGGCUCAGGGGUUAGCCCAAGGGGGCAUUUCGCCUAUGCUGCACAUGCUGCUGGGCCAUUGGGCUCCGCCCAGCGAACGAUCCGUCAUGGGAUCAUUCGCAUAUUCAGGUUCAGUAUUCGGGAACAUCAUAGCCCUGCCUAUAACUGGGCUGAUCUGUUCGAGCUGGUUUGGUUGGCCGGCGGCAUUUUUUACAUUCGGAGCCCUCGGCCUGCUCUGGGUGAUCGCCUGGAUGUUUUUGGGGGCAGACAGACCAGGCCUACACAGGGGGAUCACAAGCUGCGAAAAGAAGUACAUUGAAUCUAGUCUCGGACAUACUGAACAUCAGGCAUACAGGAAAACUCCUUGGACGCGAAUCUUACGAUCGAUGCCCUUCUGGGCGGUGACAGUUUCGUUUGUAGGAGCCAAUUGGGGAAGUUCCGUUUUGAGCACGCAGACUCCCACGUAUUUGUACAAGAUUCUCAAUUAUGACAUCAAAUCUAAUAGUCUACUGUCAGCGGCGCCAUACGCUGCCAUGCUCGUUGGAUCCUUCCUAUUUAGCAUUAUUUGCGAUUGGUUGAUAAAUCGAGAAAUUGUUUCAAGAGUAGCUGCAAGAAAGAUAUUCAGUACUAUUGGAACUAUAUUACCAGCAAUAGGCUUAACUGCGAUCGGCUUCAUUCCAAAAGAAGAAGCAACUCUAUCUGUGAUAAUACUGAUCCUGAAUGGCGCGUUGCAAUCGGGCGGUUUUUGUGGCUACCAAGUGAACCACAUGGACCUGUCGCCAAACCAUUGCGGUGUUUUGAUGGGCAUCACGAACGGCACCACCAGCGUUUUCUCCAUCAUUUCGCCGCUAAUCGUUCAGUUCAUCGUCACUGAUCAGAGUAACCAAACGAUGUGGAUGACAAUCUUCAUUACGACUGCGUGCGUCUACUUAGCAACGGACGUGUUCUAUCUAAUGUUCGCAUCUGCGGAUGUACAACCGUGGAACGACCUACAGAAUACAAACCAAGGCAAUGUUAUCAGUGGUUCUAUUUCCAACAGACCUACAAACAGCGAAACGCAAUCAAACGUCUCUUCGACCACCGACAGUAGAGCAAAUCUCACCGAUGUCUAAAAGUCUUGAUAUUACAGAUAUGACAUCGAUUUACUCAACAUUUCUAGCCAGUGGAACUACUGUGGUAGAUGGCUAAACCUUCAGGUGUACACGACUAUUCGCAUGUUCACUAUAAAAUACGGCUGGCCGUCCACUGGAUGCGCAAUUGCGCACUCGUACGACUUUGUGGUCAUGAAUAAUCAGACGACUUUCUCGUUCAAGUGGAAACGACUACAUCUCGUCCAUUAGACACGAUUUCUGGUUAGUAAAUUAAAAAGAAAAUUCAUUUAUUUUGUGUAGUGUAUCUAGAAAUGUAAACCUUUUUUCUGACUAAUAGUUUUGAUAUCAGUGAUUUGAAAUGGACUUUGACGAUAUAUACAUAUUUUGAAAAACUAGUACCUGCUGAAACGCUAGAGACAAAAUAGAGUGGAGUAUCGUUGAAAAGACAUAGAUUAGGCGAGUCUCAUCAUUUAUUUGAAGACUUACAACAGUAAAAACCUGAUCUGGCUAACAGAUAUACAAACUGAAUGAAAGUCGUUUGACAAAGACCCAUUCGAAUAGGAUCAGUCGUUAAUCGCAUCAAAUCGGCUCAAGUCGUGCGACCGAGGUGGUGUGCACUCGACGACAGUUCUAAUAUUUGUAUUUAAAAAGAUUAUCCGGACGCAUACGGAGGAUUAUGCACGACUAGUACAUCGUACAACUACGCAUCUAGUGAACGGUCUGUGUAGGACGAUAUACUAUAUAAUAGUUAGAUAAUCUCGAGACACUAAUGCAAUAUAGGAGCAAUAUUAAUUAGAUAUGUUAAGGGAUGCUAAACGAUCUGUUAAGAAGUCACUUAGUACAAAGCACUUUCACUAGGAUUUAUAACGUAUUUUUAUAAAAUAGCAUUAGAUUACUGCUUUUAUGGCAUAAAAGACUGACUUGCUAAUAAAAAUAAGAACGGAAUA